GUUUUGACAACUGACAUCAAAAUAAACCGCAUCGGUAGUUCGUGUUCGCUGCGUUUUGCUCAUGUUGAUUGCAUUUUGUGGAGGAAACAAUCAAUAAAUCUGUCUGAAAACUGGUGAAAAAUAAAAAAAAUCUUAUUGUGAUAGUGAGCAAGUGAUUAAUUAACCACCAAAAUGCCACGAAUUAUGAUAAAAGGUGGUGUCUGGAGGAACACAGAGGAUGAAAUCCUCAAAGCGGCGGUUAUGAAAUAUGGCAAGAACCAGUGGUCGCGAAUUGCCUCGCUGCUGCAUCGGAAAUCGGCCAAGCAGUGCAAGGCCCGAUGGUAUGAGUGGCUCGAUCCGAGCAUCAAGAAGACCGAGUGGUCCCGAGAGGAGGACGAGAAGUUGCUACAUCUGGCCAAGCUGAUGCCGACCCAGUGGCGCACGAUUGCUCCCAUUAUCGGACGAACGGCGGCGCAGUGUUUGGAGCGGUAUGAAUAUUUGCUGGAUCAGGCACAGCGGAAGGAGGAGGGUGAAGAUGGUUCGAUGGACGAUCCGCGGAAGCUAAAGCCGGGUGAGAUUGAUCCGAACCCGGAGACAAAACCGGCCAGACCCGAUCCGAAGGAUAUGGACGAGGACGAGUUGGAGAUGCUGUCCGAAGCCAGGGCCAGAUUGGCCAAUACGCAGGGUAAGAAAGCUAAGAGGAAGGCAAGAGAGAAACAGUUGGAAGAGGCGAGGCGGUUGGCUGCGCUGCAGAAAAGAAGAGAAUUGCGAGCGGCUGGCAUCGGUUUGGGUAACAGGAAAAGGAAAUUGAAGGGGAUCGACUACAAUUCGGAGAUUCCGUUUGAGAAGACUCCGGCACAGGGAUUUUACGACACUUCUGAGGAGUUUGUGGUUCCGAUUGCGGCGGACUUUUCUAGUUUGAGACAACAGCAGUUGGAUGGAGAAUUGAGAACGGAAAAGGAAGCCAGAGAACGUAAGAAGGAUAAGGAAAAGUUAAAACAAAAGAAAGAGAAUGACGUACCGUUGGCGAUGUUGCAGAAUCAGGAACCGGCGAAAAAGCGUUCGAAGUUGGUUUUGCCGGAACCUCAGAUUUCGGAUCAGGAGUUGCAACAGGUCGUGAAACUGGGCCGUGCCAGUGAGAUUGCCAAGGAAGUUGCUUCAGAGUCGGGAGUAGAAACGACGGAUGCCUUGUUGGCGGAUUACAGCAUUACUCCACAGGUGGCGGCCACACCCAGAACUCCUGCUCCAGUAACUGAUCGUAUCUUACAGGAAGCUCAGAACAUGAUGGCGUUAACUCACGUGGAUACGCCGUUGAAGGGUGGUGUGAACACUCCUUUGGCUCAGUCGGAUUUCUCAGGAGCGCUUCCUCAGAGUCAAGUCGUUGCCACUCCAAACACAGUUCUGGCCACACCUUUCCGUUCGACUCGAGGCCCUGAUGGAGGAGCCACCCCAGCAGGAUUUUUAACUCCAGGUUCCGGAGCAUUGGUGCCAGUUGGAGCUACUCCUGCACAGCCAGGAGCGACUCCAAACUUCGUUCGCGACAAACUAAAUAUCAAUGCAGAGGAAUCGAUGUCCGUUACGGAAACUCCAGCUGGCUACAAAAACUACCAGAAGCAACUGAAAUCAUCUCUGAAGGAAGGACUCGCUUUACUGCCAACUCCUAGGAACGAUUACGAAAUUGUCGUCCCCGAAAACGAAACAGAUGACCCAGCUGACGAUGGCACCGGAGGGGAACCGAUGGUUGCGGAUCAAGCUGAUGUGGACGAUCAGCGAAAACAGGAACAACGUGCCCGCGAUGCCAAGGAAUUAUCCCUCCGUUCGCUGGUCAUUCAACGUGAGCUUCCACGCCCUCUAGAAAUUAAUAUGACUGUUCUACGCCCUCCCAAUGAAAUGCACGGUCUGACCGAACUUCAACGCGCGGAGGAACUCGUCAAGCAGGAAAUGGUGAAGAUGCUCAACUAUGACGCUAUUCGAAAUCCGGUUGUCAAUCCCCAGGCUCCGCCCAUCAAGAAGAACCCCUUAUCUCAGCAUCUCGCCUAUUUGGAACAGAACCCGUACGAUGAAAUUGCCGAGGCAGACCUCGACAGCGCCAAAGAGCUUCUCAAGGAAGAAAUGACCGUUGUCAAAGGCGGAAUGGCACACGGAGACCUCUCACUCGAAAGCUACACCCAAGUCUGGCAGGAAUGUCUCUCCCAGGUCCUGUACCUUCCCAGUCAAAAUCGCUACACGCGCGCCAAUUUAGCCAGCAAGAAAGACCGAAUCGAAUCGGCGGAAAAACGCCUUGAAAUCAACCGCAAGCACAUGGCCAAGGAAGCCAAGCGUUGCGGAAAAAUAGAAAAGAAGCUCAAAAUCCUCACCGGUGGAUAUCAGGCGCGUGCCCAAGCACUCAUCAAACAGUUCCAAGACACCAACGAACAGAUCGAACAGAACAAUCUGGCCCUGUCCACGUUCAAGUUUCUCGCCUCCCAGGAGGACCUGGCCAUUCCGAAGCGACUGGAGUCGCUGACGGAGGACGUCAUGAGGCAAACCGAGCGCGAGAAGGCCCUCCAGAAACGAUACGCACAAUUGACCGAGGAGUUCCGGGAGCUUUUUAGGGAGGAGACUGGGCCACAGCACGUGGAACAGCCGUCGUAUCCACAACCGUUCCAGCAUCAACAUCAGCGCAGGCAGAGACACGAGAAACCGCGCGGAAUGCAGAAUGGAAGAAAGGAACCUGAGCCGGAGGAGGAACCUGAGCCGGAAAUCCAGCAGCCACAAGAGGAGGAGGAAGAGGAGAAGGAGGAUGCGAAUGAGAAGGAGGAGGAGGAGGAGGAGCAGCAGCAAAUGGUUACUGAAGCGGUUGAGCGUCACGAGGAGGAGUUUGUACAGCAACCGGAGCAGGAGGAACAUUCUCAAGUGGAUGAGGACGCUAUGGAUUGCCAGAGAGAUGAUGAAGAGCAAGAGUGAGGGUGAUGUAGAAUAAGGGCAAAUCAUUUGCUUAAAGUCUAUUAAUUGUCAACAAUAUGAAAUUAUUCGCUAAUAUAUUAAUAAUCAUUCAAUAAAUGAUCGGUGUUAAGUCAAAGCGAACUAAA